GAAGCGCUUUCAAUUACUGGAUUACUCUGCCUUAAACCCUAAAAACCUCGAGACAAAAAAAAAAAUUUCGUCUGAAAAAAAAGUCACCGGAAAAUGUACUCGUUAAUUCUCCGGGAACGAUCUGGAUCCUUCACAGGGUCCUUAUGGAGCCAAAUCUUCUCUCGGAACAUGGGUGGUGGUCCGAGAACUUUCCCUGGAGGGCUGAACAAGUGGCAAUGGAAACGUAUGCACGAGAAGAAAGCUAGAGAGAAAGAGAACAAGCUCUUGGAUCAAGAGAAACAGCUUUACGAAGCUCGAAUUAGGACCGAGAUCCGAGCUAAAAUGUGGGGAAAUCCAGAUUCCGGCGAGAAAACGGCGAAAUCGAAGCAGAGUCACGGACCAAUGAGCCCGAAAGAACAUAUCAAAACUUUGGCUGAUCGGUUUAUGAAAGCUGGAGCAGAGGAUUUGUGGAACGAGAACGAUGGGCCGGUGAAGGAAUCAGAUGAUGGGUCGGGAUUAACUCGUAGGGAUAAUGGACGGUCAGGUUCGAAUUCGAUUGUUUCUUCUUCUAAUUCGUCUAUUGAUGUGAGGAAGUUAGUUAGUGGGACAUGUUAUUCAAUGGGUAAUAGUCGGGUUUUCGAUCGUAGUAGGAGAGGUUUUUCGAGUAUGAGUAGAGGUAGAUUUAAGAGAAAUGAGAGUUCUUGUGAUGAAGGAGAUGACUUUGAUGCUAAAAAGUUAGAUACUUUGAGUCCUUUUUCUCUUAAAUUUGCGGGUACCAAGGAGAAAGUGAAGAGCUCGAGGAGUGUUGACGGAGUUAUAAGGAACAAAGGUUUGUUUGGUCGGAGGAAGUUUAGGAAGAAUGAUAGUUCAACUGAAGAGGAUUCCGAGGAAGAAGGCGAAGAGGGAAAGAUGAUAGGUUGGAUGGAUUUGAGGAAGACAGGAAGCAGUGCGUCGUUAGGAAACCACGAUAUCAAACUGACGAAAAGAGUGAAUCGUAAUGUCACGGACGAAGAGCUAUAUCCUCCGUUAGAUAUUAAUACAGUCAGAGAAGAUCUCAGUAAAAGAAAAUCUGUGGAUAAUGUAAUAAAGGAGAACCGAGAGCCUCAUGACUCGUUUUACAGUAGGAAAAGAUUUGAUGAGUCUAGUAUAUCUCCUUUGACUCUCAAGGCACUUUCCGCGUCUGGCAUUGUUAAUAUGACUAGAGUACAAGAUGCCACUCUCUCUGAGUGCCUCGAUGGUAAAGAUGCGUUAGUCAAAGCCAAAACCGGGACGGGGAAAAGCAUGGCCUUUUUGCUUCCUGCAAUUGAAACAGUUCUGAAAGCUAUGAACAACGGUAACAGUGUUCACAAAGUUCCUCCAAUAUUUGCUCUUAUCCUCUGUCCCACAAGAGAACUUGCGAGUCAGAUUUCUGCAGAGGGCAUGGCUCUGCUCAAAUACCACGACGGUAUCGGUGUUCAGACUUUAAUUGGAGGUACCCGCUUCAAACUUGAUCAGCAACGCCUAGAAUCCGAGCCAUGCCAGAUACUAAUUGCAACUCCAGGAAGACUCUUGGAUCAUAUAGAGAAUAAGUCUGGCUUAACAUCACGUUUGAUGGCGCUUAAAUUGUUUAUAGUUGAUGAGGCUGAUCUUUUGCUAGACCUAGGAUUCAGGAGAGAUGUCGAAAAAAUCAUAGAUUGUUUGCCUCGUCAAAGACAAUCUCUUCUCUUUUCUGCAACCAUCCCAAAAGAGGUCCGUCGAGUCUCGCAGCUUGUUUUGAAAAGGGAUCACUCUUAUAUCGACACAAUCGGUCUUGGUUGUGUAGAGACUCAUGAUAAGGUGAAGCAAUCUUGUAUUGUUGCUCCUCACGAUUCUCAUUUCCACUUAGUACCUCAUCUACUAAAAGAGCACAUCAGCAACACGCUUGAUUAUAAGAUAAUAGUCUUCUGCUCAACUGGUAUGGUAACAUCACUGAUGUAUACUCUGCUCCGGGAAAUGAAAUUGAACGUUAGGGAGAUUCAUGCUAGAAAACCUCAGCUCCAUAGAACACGUGUAUCAGACGAGUUUAAGGAAUCGAAAAGACUGAUUCUUGUCACAUCUGAUGUAUCUGCUCGUGGAAUGAACUAUCCAGAUGUUACUUUGGUUAUACAGGUGGGUAUACCAAGUGAUAGAGAACAAUAUAUACAUCGUCUUGGUAGAACCGGAAGAGAAGGCAAAGGAGGAGAAGGAUUCCCAUGGGAGAGAUAUUUUCUUGAUGAGCUUAAAGAUUUGCCUCUUGAACCAAUUCCAGUUCCAGAUCUUGAUUCAAGAGUUAAUCUUCAGGUUGAUCAGUCAAUGGCUAAGAUUGAUACAAGUAUUAAAGAAGCAGCGUACCAUGCUUGGCUCGGUUAUUACAACUCGGUUCGAGAAACAGGUAGAGACAAAACCACGUUGGCCGAGUUAGCCAACCGGUUUUGCCAUUCUAUCGGUUUAGAGAAACCUCCUGCUUUGUUUCGAAGAACCGCGGUUAAGAUGGGUCUCAAAGGUAUUUCUGGUAUUCCAAUCCGAAAAUAAACCGACCCGGGUUGGUAAUUAGAUGUGUAUCCUCGUGAAGAGAAAUGUAUCAACAUUUAUGGUCAGAUUAAUUUUGUUAUUUAAUUAUGAUAUAUGAUUUACUUUUUAAUUACAGGAAUUUUUGUUUGUCUAAUAUUGUAAAGCAAGUCAUGUGUUAAUACAUCCCAUAUUUGAGAA